GCAGCCACAGGGGUCUCAAGGAUAGCCUCGCGCGAGUUCAUACAUUCCAGGUUAAGAUUUUGUUUUGUUAACUGUCGUGUGUUUAUCCCACGGAGUUACCGUGUCUGUUACACCACCAUGCCAACUAAAUACCGUAGUUGUUUAGUAACUUUUAUUUUCUUAUUGUGACCGGUCAGUCGGUUGGGUUCACACACCCCUCGCGGUAUUACGAAGCAGGAAGAGGAGGAGUUAGUUCGAGUGAAGAUGGCGGCUACUGUAUGUAAUAAUGUGGUGGAAAUGCUGAAAUCGUAAACAAAUAGAGAAGAACAGAUCCCAAAACCGAGCUAGCCAAACACCGAAACCAGCACGGCAAAGAGGGUGGGAGAGACAGAGAGGGGGACGCGCACAGUGAACCAUAGCCAUUCGAAGAAGCGUCACCGAAAAGACAUGGCUUGAGAUCCAUCGAGAAGAAGCAUAAUGGGCCGAGAACGGAAGUGCAUUCUGUGUCUCAUUGUCUACAACUCAAAACAGGAGAUGGAUGAGCACAUGAGGAGCAUGCUGCAUCAUAGGGAGCUGGAGAACCUCAAGGGCAGGGACUGUGACCACGAGUGCAGGGUGUGCAGGGUGACCGUGGUGGGGCUCACAGCCUAUGCCAGCCACAUCUCCAGCCAGCUUCACAAAGACAAGGCGGAGGCGCAGGAGAGGGAGGAUGCAGGCAAGGGGGACGCAGCAGAGCACUACUUCGACAAGGACCUCAUCGAGCUCAUCGAGAAGCGCAAGGAGAGGAUCCGAAAGGAAGAUGCCAGUGCUGAGAACUCCAAUCAGGGAGACUGUCGUCGCAGGUCAGAAGAGAGGCAGAACUUCCCAGAAAGCCAAUCUCGCAGGCACCACAAGGGGGCGCCACCCAGGGAUUGGGAAGGCAACGGCUUCCAAAAUAAUGGGCAAAGAAACUUCCCCCAUCCCAGCAGGAACCAGCCCCACCACUCCAGUGGGACCAGGGGAGCUUCCAGCUGCCAGUCAGGCUCCUCUGGAUGGCACCCCAGUCAAGGGCAGGCCAGCUGGCACCAAAGUUGGCAAGGAAGAAACUGGCACCAUGAUGGGCGUGGGGGCUUUCCUGCCUGGAAAUCUGGGAGCCGGGGGAAAUGGAGUUUCACCGGGUUCCCUCCCUCAAUGGAUUACAUGCAAGAUAGGUUCCACUGGGGAAGGCAUAAUGGGAAGCAAGGGUCGUCGCAGGAUUCCGAUAUGGAUUUCACCAGUGACUCCCUGUCGUUCAGCAACGCUAUUGAUUUCAGCCAAGCGCAAACCCAACCAGUCUCUAAAACAGACAGGAACAACGAGAAGAGCUCCAGCAACCCUCCCAGGGAUAAGACGCACCGCUGGGCUCCAUACCCGCCAGCUAAAAGCCAGGAAGUGGGAUCCAAAAAUGAUGACUCCAGGCCAACUGAGGGGAAGGAUCCCUCUCAACUUCCCUGCCAGCCCCUGCCCCUGAAGAACAAGAACAUGCAGAUACAUUUCAGACCCGACCCUUCACCAGCCGGAGAGCAGGGAGAGAGCAGUAACAGUGUGCCCCUAGUGUCGAGUCACUCUGUGAGGGAGAUCAAGAACAAACCUCACCAAAGGGCUUACUUAAGAAACAGAAGCAGGAGGAUGAGACCCCGGACCCAGAGCUCCCCUGUCGAGACGCUCCCCGAUCAGAUGGCCCCUUCCAGCAAACCAGAGGACAAGAAGUCUCUAUUGAAAGCAUCUGAAGACAAGCCCAAGUGGAGUGCUCAGGAUCAGGAAACAAACAAGAACUCGUACACCUGUAAACUCCGAAGCGCCAAGCGACAAGAUUACUCCUUAGAGGAGAUGCUCAUAAAGGCCAAAGAGGCCCUUAAAUGCAGCAAGCCAGAAACUAAGACCUCAGACCAAGCCAUGGAAGCAGAGCCGUUCCGAUUAGAACGAAGGCCAAGCAAGGAAUGCAAGACUUCCACAGACCGGACUGGAAACAGGAGCAAGAUGAGCCUUCUCAAGGACAUCAGCGACGGGGACCUCUCUGACUCUGGACGACACAACACUGAGGCACAUCCUUGGAACGCAGGGUUAUCUCAUCCUGGAAACUCAAGUUUCUCUUACAAUGAAACACCAGAGGUAUAUCGUCUGUGUACAAGCGAUUCAGAAACUAAAGUUCUCUCACCUUCACACCUGCCAUCUUUGCAGUCCGUGGAUGUCAGCACAUUGAGCAGUGACUGCCAGAUAACUGGGGAUGCAGCUCAAGGGGCUGGAGAAAGGCAAGUGGACAGUGGGGGUGAGGGUGGAGAGCACAGCACACAGGGAGAGGAUAGCCGGGCCUCGGAUGGUGAGCUUAUGAGGGGCCAACCUGCUGCAGGAUCCCUGGUGACCGACCUGAGCAAGCUGGGCCUGCCGGCCUCCCUGAAGAGGGAUUUGACUCGACACAUCACCUCCAAGAACAAGACAGGCUCUCACGAACCCAACCUCAACAUUGCCCGGCGCAUCCGCGACAUCAGCGGGAGCCGCAAGAACGAUUCGGACAAAGAAUCUGGGCUGAAACCGACCCUCCGCCAGCUCAUCAGCUCCUCGGGGUCCUGCAGGAACGUCGACUGGGACCAGGUGUACCAGCAAGUCAGCAGGAAGAAGCAGGAGCAGGGCAAAGGCAUGCCAAGGUUUGGCAUAGAGAUGGUGGCCCCUACUCAGAACGAACAGGAGGGUUUGGAUGUAGAGGAGGCAUCUGAUAUGCCGUAUCUGGAAGGCUACCAGUGGGAAAGCAUCUGUGCAGCUCUCCCCACCUCGACCCGGAAACGCAGCCUAUCGGAGAGCAGCAUCGUCAAUGACCGCAGCGCCUCCGUCUACAGCCUCUUCUCUGACAACCCAGCAGGGGGCAGCAGAGAAGAGGGGGCCCGCAUUCCAGCCCUGCCCUCUCCCCACGGACCAAACGGAGACCAACGCUCCCGGCCUGCAGAAUCGGAGAGGGAGUCCCUGUCCAAGAAGACCUCCAGCCCGUCCUUCCAGGAGCUGCCCUGCGUGAAGAGGGAGGUGGAAGGAACAGAGGGAGAGGCUCCCGGAGGUCCGGAGGGGCUGUCUGAGGGAGCUGCGGCCACAGUGAUGGGACCUGAUGGAUCUCUGGAGGGAGACAGCAGCUGCACAUCCGGGGCUGAGCAGAAUGACAGCCAGGGCGUGGGGAAGAAACGCAGAGCUGCUGCUGAGGGGCAUUUGUCAGGAGUCCCCAGUUUAGAAAGAAAGAACAAAAGAAGGAAAAUCAAAGCUAAAAAAGAGCGCUCUCAGGUGGACCAGCUGCUGAGCAUCUCUCUUCGGGAGGAGGAGCUGAACAAGUCUGUGUACGGGGUGGAAAGCAGCCUGCUCCAGGCACGGGCUUCCCUGCAGGCUGCCUACAUGGAGGUGCAGCGCCUCCUUGUGCUCAAGCAGCAGGUUACAAUGGAAAUGAGUGCGUUGAGAACCCAACGAAUUGAGAUCCUCCAAGGACUGCAAGAGUCCUAUGAUGGUCCACGCCCUGAGCUGAUGGCUAAAUUUGAAGCAACAGCACUGCCCUCCCCUUUCCAAGAUACCUCUCUUCACGUGACUGGUCAGCCCAACCCCGCCAUCCUCUCCCCAUUCCCCCACCCGAGCGCCCUGCCUGCCUCCCUGUGCCCACCUGCAGCCGGAGCACUCCCCAGCAGCACGCCGCCCACUCGCAUCAAGCAGGAUCCCGACGCUCUGGGCAGUCAGGCAGGAACCCCCCUCACCGCAGCUUCAUCAGACCUGCAGCCCAGGAACAGCAGCCUGUACACCACAGCACUGGAGUCCCCGCUCACCUCCACACCGGUGCAAGGCACAAAGCCCAGUUUGUCUGUGUCUCCGGGGUUUGCUGGAGCAGUGAGCCUGGCUGGACUGGAAGAGGGAUUCGGGCAGGUCGGCUGUGACUCCCAAGAGAGUGUAAGCUUGUCUUCAGAGGCUCGCCGGACCAACCGAAGAGAGACCUGCUCCCCCAGUCAGUCCCAAUCCUCCCACAGCAUGAAGGUGCAGGACAACCCAAUAACCAAAAGUUCCUUCCUAGGCCCAGAGAGGCCCAGUAUCUGGGCCCAAAACCAGUUGCUCUCUGGCCAGACAGCCCUGGAGGAGGAGGAGGCCAAGCAGGGGGUUGAAGUACAGACGGAAUCUACCAUGGCGGCGCCAGAGAACAAAGCUGGGAAGAGACUCAAGAAACUAAAGAAGAAGAAGACUCUACGGAAAGCCAACGAUGGGCAAGAGAACAGCGACACGGAGCAGGACGGGGACUCGAGCAGGCCGGUCAGGAAGAGCAAGCCCCGGAAAGCUACCAAAGGAGGGAAGGUGAGCACAUCCACCCCACAGAAGGGAGACAGACCGGGCGAGGGCACUGAGCCCUCCAAGGCAGGUCUGGAACAGGGCUCUGCCGACAGCGACUCCUCCCUGGAGAUGAUCGAGCUCCCCACCACGCAGCUGGAGGUGGUGGCCAUUGACUCCUCUGACUCCGGGGAUGAGAAACGUGGCAGUCCCUCAAAGAGAGAGCUCCCCACAGUCUCGACAUGCAACCACACAGAGGACCAGAAGCUUGGCUGUGAUGAAGUGAGCUCCACUAGUGAGUUGGUGACCAGCAGCAAGAGCAGCACCAAUGUGGUUAAGACCAAGUCUACUAAGGGAUUGAAGAACUCUUCCGAGGUCUCCUCGGAGCUUGGUGAGGAGGACGAGCCCACAGAGGGCUCCUUUGAAGGGCACGAGGCCGCUGUGAACGCCAUGCAAAUACACAACGGGCUGCUCUACACCUGCUCCGGGGACAAGACUGUGCGCGUUUUCGACCUAAUAACUCGGAAGUGUGUUGCCGUGUUUGAGGGCCACACCACCAAAGUGAACUGCCUUCUAGUUACCCAGGGUGCAGGGAUCCCAGGCAGGCUGUACACCGGCUCCAGCGACCACACCAUCCGCUGCUACUCCCUCAAGACCACAGAGUGUAUUGAGCAGUUCUGCCAGCUGGACCGAGUCCUCUGCUUACACAGCCGCUGGAAGAUCCUGUUUGCUGGGCUGGCCAAUGGCAGCGUGGUCAGCUUCAGUUUGAAGAUGAACAAGCAGCUAGAUGUGCUUGAGUGCCACAAUUCGCGGGCAGUGAGCUGCCUGGCCACGGCUCAGGAGGGGGCACGCAGGAUCCUGCUGGUGGGCUCCUAUGACUGCACCAUCAGCGUGAGGGACGCCAAGAGCGGCUUGCUGCUGCGCACCCUGGAGGGGCACACCAAGACCGUGCUCUGCAUGAAGGUUGUGAAUGACCUGGUGUUCAGUGGAUCCAGUGACCAGUCUGUUCAUGCGCACAACAUCCAUACUGGAGAGUUGGUGCGCAUCUACAAAGGGCACAGCCACGCCGUCACCGUGGUCAAUAUCCUGGGGAAGGUCAUGGUGACGGCCUGCCUGGACAAAAUGGUGCGGGUCUACGAGCUACAGUCUCAUGACCGAUUACAAGUUUAUGGAGGGCACAAAGACAUGGUCAUGUGUAUGACAAUCCACAAAAGCAUGAUUUACACCGGGUGCUAUGAUGGGAGUGUCCAAGCCGUGCGGUUAAAUCUCAUGCAGAAUUACCGCUGCUGGUGGCACGGAUGCUCCCUCAUUUUCGGGGUAGCGGAUCACCUGAAGCACCACCUCUUGACAGACCACACCAAUGCCAACUUCCAGACUCUAAAAUGCCGCUGGAGGAACUGCGACGCCUUCUUCACUGCCAGGAACGGGUCCAAGCAGGAUACUCCCAAACACAUGCAGAAACAUGCUGAAGAAGACAGUAAGCUUGACCCAUAAGGAAGUAUUUCUUCUUCCAUACUGGGAAGCAUUGAAACAUCCCAGGGAAAAAAAACAAAGCACGUUGACGUGAGUGAGGAUGAGGCAGAGACACACCAGCAGGCUGCCUUACUGCUCAAGGGAGAGGAGGGGAACACCUCAUAGCCUGCUUCUGCAUGGAGCACAGUCUGACAUUACUGUCCCCUCUCAUAGAAACCACACCUCAAUGCUCUUUAUUUCCGAUUUUAAUUUGUAUACAAUUUUAUGAGCGUUUCAGUGUUUUAUUUGGAAUAUGAAAAAAAAAAAGAGAAAUCAUUUUGUAUCCCUUUUUUUUCCAGUUAAUAUCAGCGGGAUGGGGGAGGGAGAAAAAUAUUUAUUAAGGGGUAAGUGGUUUAUUUGAGUCGUCACAUUUCUGCUAAUGACGGUACAAGAAGACGUUGGUGUACAAUAUAGUAGGAAAACUGAAUCCACCUAAUACUCAUAAACCUGUAUUUUAAUAUUUAGGCAUUUUGUUAUGGGAACUAUAUAGGUGGGAAUGGGGGUGGGUGGGGGUGCGUGAAUUAGUUCAGUUGAAAUUGUUCAUUUGAAAGUGAAGAGCACCAAUGAGUGUAGCCGCUUCAAUCACUAAACAAGAGCUCCACUGGAACAGCAAAUAGAAGCGCUCAGCAAUGUACUGAAGAGGACAAUUACAGCCUGCUGUUUCAGGAAGCUAGUACAUUCGUUUUUACUCUUGUAUAAUUUCUGUUAAAACUAACUGCUGACCACGCUGAAGGCCAAGCCUGUUUCACACGUUAAGCCGUGUUCAUUCGCAGAACAAACAAUGGUAUCUGACUUUUUUUUGGCGUGUGUGUAAGGGAAAGCUGCAGUUACUGACACACCGAAAAAGAAGCUAACUCAGAUUUACAGUGUGGCAUGGUGGGGCGGGGGUACAGUCCUCGGACCUCAGAUAGUGAUCUGGCAGUUCAGACACUGUUUUAUAGUCUAAAGAGUUUGCAUCUGAAAGAGUGUUGUGUUUGAUUUGUAAGAUCUGUAAUCUUGUGCUAGUUCUAUUGAAGCAAUCCUCUUGGUACAAAGCUAAGUGCAUCACAACGGCCUAUUGCACAGCCAAAGAGCAGCUUUGUUGCGGGUGGUAAAUAGAUAGUGAAUACUGCAUUGAGAUUCUUAUCGGAUCUUUGCAAAUCGUGUCCAUUUACUUCUUCCAAGGGUCUGUAGAAGGUUUUUCUAGACCGAGAUGCUUCUGACAUGGAUUUCAGAGGGAUUUAAGAGCACAAUUAAUAUAGAGGAACCCAGGAGACACUGAAGAAUCUCUUCCGCCCUGUACCCUCGCCCCCUAGCUCUUCUAGUGUCAGUGAGUUAAUGCAAGGUUUUUACCACUCUCUCAAGCUGAGGUGUACCAAGUUUGGUAUAUUUAACUUUUUUUUGUUAUUUCAUUUAAAAAUAAUAAUUUCGUAAACUGGUUUUGAGUUUGCAAAAAAACAAAUGGCACAGACUGUUUUCACACAGUAUAUAAAAUACAGAGAAAAUAAAGUCACAUAUUGUGUAUAAAACACAGCAGUGCAGAGAUGCUUUUAAAGAGUGUGUUUGUUUUUUGAAAGGAAUGGGUUUGUUGCAGUGAUGGUACAGAGCAGGGUGACCUAUUUGUGUGUGUGUUUGUGUUCCUGUUGUGCAGUCUUUUUUCCAUUGAUUUUAGGGGCAUAGCUCCGUUAGUACUGAAGUGUUAACUGUACUUGCGUCGGGUGUGAAGCCAUUGUGUUAGUGUUCUUUUAAAGCCAACAUUUUAAGAGUGUAUGUUGUUAUUUUAUUUGGUAGCUUUUUGAAGCAGUUUCUUGGCAUGAAAGAAAGACUUCAUAGUGGCAAAAACCAAAUUCCAAAAUCCAGACACUCAGUCGCUAGAUAUACAGUGGUUCUCAUUGAAAACGAAAGAUACUGACUGCCUGUUAAACAAAAACAUUGGUCUUAUUGUAUAACUACAUUUAUUUUAGUAUUACUGGUUAACACAAGGAAUGGAGGACAUACAGAAUCUAUAUGAAACUUUUAUCAACCAUAGUUAAUUUAUCAAGAAAUUAAGUGAAAAAGAUGACUUCUACUCUUGGUACAAAGAUUAAACAUUGAACAGUUCCGUAAAUCCUUCAUUCUUCAGAACAUCAAUGUGCACACAAACCAAUCCGUUCUGAGCCAGAAGGUAACCAUUGUAAACUCCAGCCAUCCAGAACUGCCCCAGAGGCACCUCAUAUGAAUCGGAGCUUUAGCUCUUGUGGAUUUCAAUAAUUGUCAUUUUAUUUUCAUGUUGUAUUAUGGAAGGUCAGGGUUCAGGCAAACUAAAUGUUUGGAAAGCAGCAGCUACUGUGUUCUAACAAAAAUUAAUGAAAAAAUUAAUUAUUUUAAACAGUGCUGGUGUUUGGAUCCAGUACCGUCAGAUCAGUUGAAUUGACACCAGUUUGUCGUUCCCCACUUGAACUUUCAUUAUUUGUGUUGUUGAAUGCGUGUGAUCAUAAGGUUGUUUUGCAGAGAUGCAGUUGUUGUAGUGAAAGACUUGCAGCAAUAUAAUUGGGAGUUUGGUUGCAUGUAGUUUUUUUUAAUGUUGCAGGAUACCUUUUCAAGCAUAAUGGUGGUUCACAUUCUGUGCACAUCUUACAUCUCUCUACCCCACUUUAAUAGAGUGAUCUUAGCUUGAAAGAGGGUGCUGCAAUUGUGAGUCUCUGGUUUGAAAGGAAGGAAAAAAACUUUUACCAAAAAAAAAAAAAAAAGUAAAGAUAGCAGUAAGCCGACCAGGUAUUUGAGUUUUUUGUUACUGUUUUGAGGGGUUUUUGUACUUUUUUUUCGUUCUUUAAGUGAUUUUGUUAAGGACUAAUAUUUCUGUACGGGACAGCUACUUGGUCAGGAUCAGCAGGCUUGUUUGGUUUCAGAGUUUAAAAAUGCUACCGUGAUGAAUAUCAUGCAUUUGUAAGCUUUAGUGCUAGCCAUGCCAUACACAUACAUAAUUUCCAGAAAUAGUGACCGAAAGAAAGUAGGUGGUCACUUUCAAUUAAACUGAGAAAAAAAACACCUGUGAAAUAUAUUUUCAAUUGUGUGUUUGAUUUCGUCCAUAUUGGUGAUGCAUAGGGACUAUCUUAACAGCCCAUGCUCUAGGACUUUCUUAUACAGCACAGUCCUGUGGGGUUUUUUAUUUUGUCUGUAUGAAAUCAAAUAAUUAGAAAACAGUACAAUCUAUUCUCUUCUUGCCAGUCUGCUGUAUUUUUAGAGGAAUCGUUUAGUUUAAUUCCUGUUCAAUAACAUGCCUGUUUGGCACUUCUUAAAUCAGUUCAACAGUUCAAAGAAACCCUCUACAAUGAUGUCUACCAUCAAAUCAAAUACCCAUUAAACCCGAAUAAACAUCCCCACAAAAACUAGAACUAGAACCUUCUUCAAAGAUGAAGCACGUUUUCAGUUUGAAUGUAUUCGUGUUACUAUACAGCUGACUGGUCCACAUUUAAGUUCCAAUUACAGACUGAUGCAGCUGGCCUUUAGUUUUCAAUUGAAGUUACAAAGCUGCAAACUUGUUGCUGAAAUUUUGUAAAGAGAAAUUGUAUCGGCAAUAAACAUUUUAAACUUUA